CCCCCUCUCUUAAUUUAAAGGUAAACAUACAUCCAAAAAAAAAAAUCCAUCCAUCAAUCUAAUCCAAUGUAAAAAAAAAAAAAAAAAAAUCAGAUAAUGGAAGCUGUCCAAACUUUCGGUCGCAAGAAAACCGCCACUGCCGUCGCUCAUUGUAAGCGUGGUCACGGACUCAUCCGUAUCAAUGGUUCUCCCAUUGAACUCCUUGAACCCGAGAUCUUAAAGUUCAAGGUUUACGAAGUCAUUCUUCUUUUGGGUGAAGAACGUUUCGCCAACACCGAUAUCAGAAUUCGUGUCAACGGUGGUGGUCACACCUCUCAAGUUUAUGCCAUUCGUCAAGCUCUUGCUAAGGCCAUUGUUGCCUUCUACCAAAAGUUUGUUGAUGAAGCUGCCAAGAAGGAAAUCAAGGAAAUCCUUGUCCAAUACGACCGUACUCUUCUCGUCGCCGAUCCUCGUCGUUGUGAACCCAAGAAGUUUGGUGGUCCCGGUGCUCGUGCUCGUUUCCAAAAGUCUUACCGUUAAAAGCGAUUGUUUAUAUCUCUAUUUUUUCGUUGUUUUUAUCAGUAAAAAGUUAUUAAAAAAAAAACAAUCUUUUUUUGUGUGACCCUUC